AUGAGCGCCGCGCACGACGCCUGCGCCGCCAGCAGGCCCAACCACAGUCCCCAGAAUCCCAUGCCGGCGGGGAACGCCAGCAGCACCGCCACCGGCAUGCCCACCAGAUAGAAGGAGCUCAAGUUAAUGUUGGCCCCUACGCUGGGCCGCGCGCUGCCCCGCAGGACCCCGCAGCCGGUGGUCUGGGGGCAGUUGCCGAGCUCGCACAGCCCCGCGAUGGGCAGCGCCGCCGCCGUGAGCUCCAGGAUCUCUUCGUCGGCGGUGAAGAGCCGCCCCCACCGGUGCCGCACCGCCAUGGUGAAGCCCAUGGCCAGAAGGCCCAUCACGGCCGAGCAGCCCAGAGAUACCACGGCGGCGGCACGGGCCCGCGCCGGGCGGCCUGCCCCGAGCUCGUUUCCCACGCGGGUGGAGACCCCAAGGCUGAGGGAGGAAGGGAAGACGUAG